AUGGCUGACGAGGCUGCUCGGAAGCUGCAAUUCGAAUAUAAUGUUAACUCCAAUCUGGUCAUUUCCACAGACCGUAGCCUUAUUGAUCGGAGGGCUAAGGACGAGUCUACCGGAGAAGUACUUUCGCUAGCAGGGAAGAUUCGAGUUCAAGAUAUGGGAGUAAAGGCCCAGCGUACCAAACCACCCAUGAUAGAGGAAAAAAAGGCCAAGCGCCAAAAACGGGAUGAACAGCUUUAUGAUGAGAUAAAGUUGAAAAACGCGACAUUACUGAGUGAUGACCUCGAGGAGAUUGCUGGCGUAAUCUACAGACCUAAAACUCCGGAAACCAGAAAAACUUAUGAGUACAUUUUGCACUGUAUACAAGAGGCUCUCGGGGAUCAGUCUCGUGAAAUACUUUGUGGUGCAGCUGAUGAAGUCCUAUCUGCUCUCAAAAAUACGAAAAUUCGGGAUAAGGAUAGGAGAAAAGAGAUCGAAAGUCUGUUAGGCUCUCUUGCAGAUGAGCGCUACAAUAUCAUUGUUAACCUCGGUAAAAAGAUAACUGACUGGAAGGAUGAGGAGGAAAAGCCGGUUGAAGACAACAUCGACAAGACAUAUGGCGUUAACGUUCAGUUUGAAGAAUCUGAUCAAGAAGAUGAGGAAGAUGCUUAUGGCGAAAUCAAAGAGGAUGAUGACGAUGAAGGUGACGGAGAAGAAGCAUUUAUAGAAGAAACACUUCAUUCGAAAUCGGGCGGUGGUUCUUUGGGCUCCAAAAACGAUACGGAAGUACUUCAUCCCCGUGACGUCGAUGCGUUUUGGUUGCAAAGAAACAUUUCUAAACACUGCAAGGACCCUGUCGUCGCCCAAAGGAAGGCUCAGGAGUGCUUAGAGAUCCUCAAAUCUGCUGUGGAUGACAGAGAUCUGGAAAACCGUUUAGUUCGCUGUAUCGGGUAUGAGCAGUUCAAUUUUCUUCGGAUUCUCCGUCGUCAGCCUACCAUGAUUCUAUAUUGCACUCUGCUCGCCCAAGCACAGACUCCACAAGAACGCGUUGAGAUUGAAACUAAAAUGCAAGCUGACCCAAAACUGGCUAAAAUACUGCAACAACUACGUGAAACUGUAGAUUCCUCUGAUGUGGUAUCAGAUGAGCGACAACGCAAGAUUGCCCAACGCAUGGCUCGUGUAAAGGAGUCCACAAAGGGUGGUGCUGACGACGAAGCUCUAGAUUCCGACCGGCUUUUCACCGAGGACGGAAAUGUGAGCUUAGCCAACGUGCUCGAUCUGUCUGACCUUGUUUUCAGUCAGGGCGGGCACCUCAUGGCUAACAAGCGUUGCCAACUUCCGGACGGCUCUUUCCGCAAACAGAAGAAGGGUUACGAGGAGGUUCAUGUGCCAGCGCUGCGCCCCAAACCCUUUGACCAAGAUGAAAGUCUGCUCAAGAUCGAGAAGCUUCCUGCCUACGCCCAGGCUGCGUUUGAUGGCUACAAGACACUUAAUCGUAUUCAGACGCGCCUGUACAAUGCGGCUAUGAAAACUGAUGAGAAUCUUCUGCUUUGCGCACCCACGGGUGCCGGUAAAACAAACGUCGCUCUCCUCUGUAUCAUGCACGAACUCGGACAGCAUAUUAACCCAGACGGCAGCAUUAACAAGGAAAAUUUCAAGAUAAUUUACAUCGCUCCUAUGCGU